UCGUACGGUCAUGAAAAACCUGGAAAAGUUUUGGAAUUUUAAAAUUAAAUUUCCAGGCCCUGGAAAAGUUAUGGAAAAAAGUAUUUUGCCCGAAAGUUUUGGAAAAGUCAUGGAAAUUAAUUUAAUGUUUCGCCGAUUAUCUGAUUUAAUGUGCCCGGUAACGAAAUGUUAACUAAAUUGCCACGAGUUGACUUUUAAAUGUCUCAAAUGCAGUCCGCAUAUGCCCGUUGACUGCCAAACCCUGUGUUGCCAGAUUGGGUAGUUUCCCUAGUUUCCGCCAGGCGGAUCUUGAACAUUUUGAGGGCUGGAAAUCUUCAGUAAUAUCUGGCAACCCUGCUCGGCGCGCUAGUGCUGCAACGGCUGGAUGAUGGCGUGACAUGAUUUAGUAUGCCGGGAAAGUGUAGCUUUAAUAGUGCGUGGCUUUCAAAAGAAAGCUACCAACAGUGGCUGGCAAGGGAUGGCGACCAAGGACGUGCCCGGUGCAAGUUUUGCAUGAAAAGUUUUGAUGUGUCUAAUAUGGGCGAGGCAGCACUUGUUAGCCACCUAAAAGGCAAGAAACACCAGGUGCUAGCCUCAGCUACGAACAGAUUAGCAAUAACUGACUUCAUGACCACGGUCACAACAGAGAGGCCAUCUACCAGUAGCGUCGUCUUGUCAGCAGCAACAAAGCAAUCGACAAUCAGUUCUGAUUCAAAAAACGAAGUCCUGAAAGCUGAAAUAUUGUGGGCGCUGAAAGUAAUGAAUUCACACUACUCGUUUAAAUCGUCCGAAGACACAAGCAAGCUUUUCGGCGCAAUGUUCCCAGAUAGCGAGAUUGCGAAGAGAUUCGCCUGUGGAGAGAGAAAGUGUGCGUACAUGUGUACAUUUGGGAUUGCUCCUCAUUUCAAAAAGCUGCUACUGUCAGAGGUGUCGAGCCAAACGACGUAUGUCAUGUUGUUCGACGAGAGCUUAAACCACCAUUUGCAGUCUAAACAAAUGGAUUUGCACGUAAGGUUAUGGGACGGAGCAGAGGUGAAGACAAAAUACAUCGGCUCGGAAUUCCUGGGGCAUUCCACUGCAAUCGAUCUUGUUGAGAAAAUUAGCAACGCGCUGGCCGAGACAGGUGUGAAGAACCUCAUCCAGCUGUCCAUGGACGGCCACGAUUGUCCGGCCCGCCACGAAGAUUUUGUCACAGCCACUGGAUGCAGCACUGUGAUGCUGAAAUUCUGUAAGCAUCGCUGGCUUGAAAACGUGACCGUGACUGACCGAGCUCUGAAGCUUUGGCCUUACGUCCAGAUCUACGUAGAGAGGGUACUUCGAGGCGAACUUCCGAAUCCAAAGACCAAAUCUUUUGAGACAGUGAAGAACAGUACCAAGGAUUGUCUGUUCAUCCCAAAAGUGAUGAUCUUCAACAGCAUCGCGAGAGAGAUCACCCCUUUCCUUACACUUUACCAGACGGAUAAGCCGAUGCUCCCCUUCCCUGAGCGAGGAUAUGCUUCAGCUGAUGAAAGGUAG